AGAGAGAGAGAGAGAGAGAGAGAGAAGCUAUUAUCGAGCAUUGGUGCAAGAAAGACGCCAAACAAGAACAAAAGCGUUUCUUCUAUGCCGCUUCUGGCGCUAUCACUCACUCACUAACCCACUCUUCAGUUGUUUUCACUUUUUCUAACUCUUUGGCUCUUCCUACUCUGCUCUGAUAUUACUAUCAUUCUUCUUCUCUUCUCUUCGAUCCAAUUUUUUUUGAAUGGCCUCAGCAAGCAGAGCAGCAAUUUCAGUUCACCAACAAGUUCAGAGCUCAACGACCACAACAAAACGACCACACAACAACAACAACAACAACAACAACAACAACGCAGAAUCGAUGAGCAAAGCCAUCGCUCAGUACACCGAAGACGCGCGUUUGCACGCCGUUUUCGAGCAAUCCGGCGAGUCCUUCGAUUACUCGCAGUCCAUGCGAAUCGCCGCCGAAUCGGUGCCGGAGAAGCAGAUUACGGCUUACCUAGCUAAGAUUCAGCGCGGCGGUUUCAUCCAGCCGUUCGGUUGCAUGAUCGCCGUCGACGAUCCAACGUUCCGAGUCCUCGGAUACUCCGACAACGCCCGCGACAUGCUCGGCAUAACCCCUCAGUCUGUCCCCUCUCUCGACGACAAGGGUUCCGACGCCGCCUUCGCCGUCGGCGCAGACAUUCGCUCUCUCUUCACUCCCUCCAGCGCUAUCCUCCUCGAGAAGGCCUUUUGCGCUCGCGAAAUCAGCCUCGUGAACCCGAUUUGGAUCCAUUCCCGGAGCUCCGGGAAGCCUUUUUACGGCAUCCUCCACCGGAUUGACGUCGGCAUCGUCAUCGAUUUGGAGCCCGCCAGAACGGAGGACCCUGCGCUUUCAAUCGCCGGCGCCGUUCAGUCUCAGAAGCUCGCGGUUCGCGCCAUUUCCCGGCUUCAGGCUCUUCCCGGCGGCGAUGUGAAACUCCUCUGUGACACCGUGGUUGAGAGUGUUAGGGAAUUGACUGGUUAUGAUAGGGUGAUGGUGUAUAAGUUUCAUGAGGAUGAGCAUGGUGAGGUUGUUGCUGAGAGUAAGAGGCCUGAUUUGGAGCCUUAUAUUGGUUUGCAUUACCCUGCCACUGAUAUUCCUCAGGCUUCUAGGUUUUUAUUUAAGCAGAAUAGGGUUAGGAUGAUUGUGGAUUGUCAUGCUUCUCCUGUGAGGGUUGUUCAGGAUGAGAACCUUGUGCAGCCUCUGUGUUUAGUUGGUUCCACCCUUCGUGCCCCACAUGGUUGUCAUGCUCAGUAUAUGGCUAAUAUGGGGUCUAUUGCUUCUUUGGUUAUGGCUGUCAUCAUCAAUGGGAGUGAUGAAGGAGCCGUUGGCGGCCGGAGUAAUAUGAGGCUGUGGGGUUUGGUUGUUUGCCAUCAUACUUCUGCUAGGUGUAUUCCUUUUCCUUUGAGGUAUGCUUGUGAGUUCUUGAUGCAGGCCUUUGGGCUCCAAUUGAAUAUGGAACUUCAGUUGGCGGCGCAGUCGUUGGAGAAACGAGUUUUGAGGACACAGACUCUCUUGUGUGACAUGCUUCUUAGGGACUCUCCUACUGGCAUUGUUACUCAGAGUCCUAGUAUUAUGGACUUGGUCAAGUGUGAUGGAGCUGCUCUCUACUACCAAGGGAUUUACUACCCCGUAGGUGUCACCCCUGCUGAGUCUCAGAUAAGGGACAUCAUAGAGUGGUUGUUGGCCUUCCAUGGAGAUUCGACGGGUUUGAGUACUGAUAGUCUGGCUGAUGCUGGCUAUCCUGGGGCUGCCUCUCUUGGGGAUGCGGUUUGCGGGAUGGCUGUUGCUUAUAUCACAGAAAAAGAUUUUCUCUUUUGGUUCAGAUCCCACACGGCAAAAGAGAUCAAAUGGGGUGGUGCAAAGCAUCACCCCGAGGAUAAGGACGAUGGACAGAGAAUGCAUCCUCGUUCUUCCUUCAAGGCAUUUCUUGAAGUGGUAAAAAGCCGUAGUUUGCCAUGGGAGAAUGCAGAAAUGGAUGCAAUUCACUCUUUGCAGCUUAUUCUGCGAGACUCGAUUAGAGAUGCUGAGCAUAGCAAUUCUAAGGCUGUUGUACAUUCCCAUUUUGCGGAGAUGGAGUUGCAAGGGGUAGAUGAACUGAGUUCUGUGGCUAGAGAAAUGGUUAGAUUGAUAGAAACUGCCACUGCUCCCAUAUUUGCUGUUGAUGUUGAUGGCCACAUAAAUGGCUGGAAUGCAAAGGUUUCAGAAUUGACAGGACUCUCAGUUGAGGAGGCAAUGGGGAAGUCCUUGGUUCAUGAUCUUGUGUAUAAGGAGUUUGAAGAAACUGUAGACAAGCUUCUUUCUCGUGCUUUAAGAGGUGAAGAAGAUAAGAACGUUGAGAUAAAAAUGAGGACGUUUGGCCCCGAACAUCAAAAUAAGGCAGUUUUUAUACUGGUGAAUGCUUGCUCCAGCAAGGAUUAUACAAAUAAUAUAGUUGGAGUGUGCUUUGUUGGUCAGGAUGUUACUGGUCAAAAAGUUGUAAUGGAUAAAUUCAUUCACAUACAAGGUGAUUACAAGGCUAUUGUGCAUAGUCCAAAUGCAUUGAUCCCUCCCAUUUUUGCAUCGGAUGAUAACACGUGUUGCUUAGAGUGGAACACUGCCAUGGAAAAACUUACUGGUUGGGGCCGUCCGGAUGUCAUUGGAAAAACGUUGGUGGGUGAGGUUUUUGGUAGUUGCUGCCAGUUGAAGGGUUCAGAUGCUAUAACUAAGCUCAUGAUUGUCUUGCACAAUGCUCUUGGUGGACAAGAUACAGAUAAAUUUCCUUUUUCAUUUCUUGACCGACAUGGAAAGUAUGUGCAAACUUUCUUAACAGCAAAUAAGAGGGUCAACAUGGAUGGUCAAAUAAUUGGGGCUUUUUGUUUUUUGCAAAUCGUGAGUCCUGAACUUCAACAGGUUCUGAAAGUCCAGAAACAACAGGAGAAGCAUUGCUUUGCUAGGAUGAAAGAGUUAGCUUAUAUUUGUCAAGAAGUAAAGAAUCCUUUGAGUGGCAUACGCUUUACAAACUCCCUUUUGGAGGCUACAGCAUUGACUGAUGAGCAAAAACAGUUUCUUGAGACCAGUGCUGCUUGUGAGAAGCAAAUGGUAAAGAUAAUACGGGACAUUGAUCUGGACAGCAUUGAGGAUGGGUCCUUGGAGCUUGAAAAGGGGGAAUUCUUGCUUGGGAAUGUCAUAAAUGCAGUUGUUAGCCAAGUAAUGCUAUUGCUAAGAGAAAGGAAUCUACAGUUGAUUCGUGAUAUUCCUGAAGAAAUCAAGACGUUGGCUGUUUAUGGUGAUCAAUUGAGGAUUCAACAAGUCUUAGCUGAUUUCUUAUUGAAUAUGGUGCGCUAUGCACCAUCUCCAGAUGGCUGGGUAGAGAUUCACGUACGUCCAAGAAUAAAACAAAUUUCAGAUGGACUUACUCUUCUCCAUGCUGAAUUUAGGAUGGUAUGUCCUGGUGAAGGUCUUCCUCCUGAAUUGAUUCAGGAUAUGUUCCAUAACAGCCAGUGGGUGACUCAAGAAGGUUUAGGGUUGAGCAUGAGCAGGAAGAUUCUAAAGUUAAUGAACGGCGAAGUCCAAUAUAUCAGAGAGGCAGAACGAUGUUACUUUCUUGUUCUUCUUGAACUACCUGUGACACGGAGAAGCUCAAAGUGUUAGUUAGGUAUUUUGCAACUGUAAAAUUAAAGCCCCCAGGCACCACCUCUGAUGUUGACAGUUAGACAGUUUGUUGUCAUACUCGGAAUAUGCUCACCUAACAAGGAAACUCAAGGGACAAGCCUUUGGACAAGCUGAUUUGGCCAGUUAUCACAGUCGCACAUAAUUCUAAAUUCUACCAAGUUGGAUUGUUAUUUUGCACCCUGGCAAAAUUUGUUCGGAACAAGAAGAGUGGCUAGUUAAUUUGUAGCUAAAUGUAACCUUAAAUUUACUGAUAAAGUAGUGGCAGAGUAGAUGAAAUGCUGUCUCGCCAGUAUGUGUACAUCGUCAUGGGCAAGUGGGUGUCCUACCAAAUUUUUCUAGCAAAUGCUUAAAUCAUUAGCAGCAACAGUGGACUCCACUCCAUGGUUGGAUUGAACUGCAUCUAUCUCCUGCCAUUGUUCUCUGUUCUGAAAGUAACUGCUUGUACCGUAUGCCUUUCCAACUUUGCAAUUAAUUGUAAAAUCUUUCUCUACAACAAGGUUUGCUCUCUGCAAUGUUACUUUUCUACUCUCCACCUUAUUUUUUCCUCAUCGCCUGUACAUACCUUCUUUGUAAUAAAAGCUUGGUUAGCCUGUAUUGUUUGGAACUUCGUGAAAGCUGCCUUUUUUUUUGAAUUAAAAAUAAAUAUGCACUUGGGGUUUUAGCCCCUCCUUGUUUACAAUAAAUAAAUAAAUAAAUAAAUAUGCACUUCCCUCUUUAUCUAUCUAUGUGUGU